ACAGGGACGGGGGAGGCAGGUGGGGGAAGCCUGCUGGGCACUAGGGAGCUGGUGGGCCAGAAGCUGUGGGUGGGCAGGCCCAUGACAUCUCUGGGCUCCCAGCUCUGCUGGGUAGCAUUCCUGACAGCCCUCCUACUGCUGCUGCGGGUGAAGGGGAUGAAGUCUCAGAAGGGCAGCCCAGACAUGGAUGAGGGGAAGCAGAAAGAGAAAAUGGCUUCUGCAGACCAGAACCAAGAGCAGUUUGAAGAACAUUUUCUGGCUUCCUCGGUGGGUGAGCUGUGGCAGGUGAUGGACAUGGCCCAGCAAGAGGAGAACACGACAUCGAAGGCAGCAGCUGUCCGAGACCACCUUUUUGAUCUAGCCUUCUGCUUUAACAUGGCCAGCAUCAUGUUUUUUUUAUAAGAGACAUUGAGGCUGAGGUGGUGGCCUGGUUCCUGAAUGAAAACCUGAACGUCUGCCUGCGCUUCAUAAUUGCUCACUGACCUCUUCCCCCCAGUGGGCUUCAGGUCACUACACCACUCCCCACCUCUUAUCAUUGGUACCUAGACUCGAUGCGGCAACAGAGACUGCGGUUGCCACCCCACGCCCAGAGUUUCAUCUCCCACCGCCAGAGACAUCACACCAGACCUACACCCUUCUCCCUCUCACACCUCUCCUGGCUUUGUCCAAAACAGAAGAUUAGAGGGAGGAGGCAGUGACAAUAAAAUAGCAAUAAAAUCCUGAAAACCA